GGUUAGUGCUCCCGGAAAAACAACGUUAGCUUCAAAGAUCACGAACAUUUUCUGCUCUUUUUGCUUAUGAUGCCGAGUUUCUGUCUAAUGUAUGUAUUUAAGCUGUCCUGGUAAUGUGAAGGAUUAUUAUCUAAUCACUUACCGUAUCUCUUAAUUUAAAGUUAACGCCUUUACCACGGCUUGCGGCUAGUUUAUGUUGUGUUCGUGGCUAAAGAUAGUUUAGGGUUCAGCUUAGCCUUCAAUUUGUUGUUGCAAUUUGCAGCACGGACUGCAAAUUGCUAUGCUGUUAACAGGUAACUGGCAUUGCUUAAUAAGGUAACUGUUGAAGCAGCAGUGAACUUUUAACCGGGAAAAUCAGAAGUUUGACGCUUGGAAUGGCUGCUUUAGGAUUUAUUCCUGCCAUCGACCAUGAUGCUUUUAGUUUCGGAACGGAACAAAAGUCCACCAACAAAAGUUCCAAAAUAAGUGGAGAAGAAGUCAGGAGGUUCUAUGAAGACUUAAUUAAAGAUGACAAAACCCAGAAGGACCAGUCACUGAGAGCAACCCACGGGAACAAUCGUGACAGGGGCUCUGAUAGAAGAAUGAGGAGGAGAAUCAGGACUGGACGAGUGCAGCAGGUUCGACCCGAGUCUGUGGUCCAAAUGGAGGUAAGACGUGAAAGAGAAGACAACCAAAGAAGACAGUCUGAGAGAUCAGAGAGAGCCCAGGAGCUGCAGGGGCUCAGGCUGCUGCGCUGCGCUCAUCAGGGGGACAUUCCAGGACUCAAGGAGCUGAUCUCAAAAGGAGUGGACAUUAAUUUCCAGGACUCCUAUCUGUGGACAGCUGUGAUGUGUGCCAGCUGGUCAGGACAGAAAGCUGCAGUGAGACUGCUGCUGAUGCACGGUGCAGCCUGGGUCGGAGUGGUUGAUACAAGAGGCAAGGAUGCUCAAGAUCUGGCAUCAGAAGCUGGCCAUGAUGACGUCCUGAAAGAGUUAUUAAGUUUUGGAAAAAGCCCAGAGAGAGAGACACAUUCUCAUUACAGUUUGCUCCAGCCUCAGUGGUGCGAUGUGUGCCGUUGUGAGUACGGAGGCAGCCACUCGUCGCAUCUUUCCUCUACUCUGCAUCAGUUCAGUCUGCGCCGUCCUCAGCCCACGCCUUACUACUGCCUCCCCCCGUCCAGCAACAGCUACAGGAUGAUGGUUCGCUGCGGCUGGAAACCGGGUACAGGUCUGGGCCCAGAGGCAGACGGCGCUAAGCAGCCUGUAUCCACCGUAUUAAAAAGAGACCAGAAAGGUCUGGGAUUUGGACCAAUAAAAAGACCUAAAGUGACUCACUUCAAAGCUGGUGAUGCUGAUGCCGUAAAAAACCAACAGCAAAUGAAAGAAAAAAAGGGACUGAGAGGACAGAAGAAGGAUGAGAUCAAGAGAAAAGAGCAAGAAGAUAAAAACUGGGAGAGAGAUUUUCGUGCUUCGUUUUAUCAGUAACACCUGGCCAUGCUGUCCUGCUGGUGCUCUCUCUGUGGACUUGUCUAAAACUUUUCACACUGCAGCACACUGGUUGCUGCAGUGUGACCUUACCUCAGUUUUGGCCAACAUGUUUUCUACAGUUUGUGCAAUGAUGCAGCAACUAUCAGAUGUUAUUUCUUUUAUUUUUUUCUGAUUCAUUCUCACUUUUGGGAUUUGCUGUUGACUUUCUGAAACUGUUUCAAAAAACAAUUAGUAUUUAUGUUGUAACUAUAUCAAAAGAAAGUAAAAAUGCAUUUUUAAUGUAAAAAGCAGUGGGCAUAUAUUUUUGAUAAAAAUGUUAAUUUAUUUUCAUUGUUUUCUUGUUUCUUGAAAAUCCCGUCAGUGAUAACAGAAGUUUAACAUCACUAACCAGGCCAGUGGCUCUCUUUAGGCCUUUUUGCAGUGCAGCACCCCGCCUGGCCCUUCUUGGUUAAUUAUUGCUAUUGUAACAGUGAAAAAACAAUUGGCCCUUAUUUAAGAUCUAUUUUUAUGUUAUGAGGCUGAAAACUGUACAAGUAACAUCCUAUAUAAGAAACUGUAGCCAUCAUGUUUUUAAAAAACAUUUUAUGUUUUCAUUUUAAAUCUAAAAAUAGGAAUAAAAAAUAUUAUUUAAAAAUUGUAACAGAUUUUCUGUAGUAGAUGUUAAAAAAAAUUAAGAUGCCUUUUUUUUGAAAAGUCAGGUAAAAAUAUAUGUGGCUCUAAAUCUGUCUUUGUUUUUUGUUUUUUUCUUUCUGCUGGACUGAAGAAAAAAGUCUUUGGAUUGUAAACGUUGCAAAUUCCUGUUCUAGAAAUUGUUCUGGGGCCCAUGGUGCAGGGAAUUUUGGGCUUCUUUUCCAAUGUGAAGAAGUGAAAAAUUGCCAACAUGAUCAUGUCCAGCAUUAGUACUGUAACCGUUAUGUGAAGCCAACAAGCACUGAAUUAAAUAAAAACAUGUUAUUCUAGAAA